ACGUCAUCUCGACCACAAAUCUCUCAAAUCCACCAAUCCACGCGAAAAUGCGCCUAAGACCAGACCCCAAGCCCUCCCUCCGCGCCCUCGAAGCCGCAGAAAACGCCCGCGUCGCUGCUGGACAGCGUGCCCGCACCCAGCCCACCACUCGCGCGUCCCAAACCACCAAAGCUCCGCAAAAAGCCCACGCUCAGCGCCCAAGCACCCUCAAAACGCCUGUCACCCGCACGCAACGCACCUACAUCCGCCGCGCCAUCACCAUCUCGCCGUCUCCGCGACCUCCCCCACCCUCACCAUCACCAUCAUCAUCAUCAUCACCAUCAUCAUCAUCAUCAUCGCCAUCACGCACCCCCUCGUCGUCCCCGCGUCCGUCACACGAAGCACUAGAAACCCCCCGCGCGCCCCCGCUCCCGCGCCUUCUUCGCCCGCCGCGGGACGCCGGCUCGCUGGACCCCCUCUCGCUCCAACAUCCCGAGGAUCCGGGCCCGCUGUCGGUGCUGAGUGAGGACGGAGGGGGCGAGUGGCGGGAGACGGCGCCGGUGGACCAGCUGACGAGUGUGCUGCGGGAGCGGUAUAGGAAGAGGCCACGGAGGGAUAGUAAGGGGAGUGGGAAGGAGGAUGUUAGCCCCGAAGAGGCGAGGGCGUUGAGGGCGAGGAGGAGGGCGAGGUUGGGGUUGGGGGAGGAGAUGGGGUGGGGAGAGGGUGAGGAAGUGGGAGAAGAAGGGGAGGAAGAGGAGGGGGGGAGGGGGGUUUUUGAUGUUUUGGGAGUAAGAGAGGCGGAGGCGAGGAGGGGGUGGGAGUAUUUGUGA